AUGGACGCAAAUAUUGGAGAUACUAAGUGUCCAGGUGCAAAUAAUGGUACACCGGUUGCUAUUGAUGGCGCAAUUCUUCUGUUUCCCGACUACUAUCAAGAAGUCAGAACGCGAUCAUACCCGAAGAGUUGUGAAUGGGAAUAUAUGGCUCCAGCAAGCGGCUGGUUAACGGUGCUGAAAGUUUUGGAUUUGGUUUUGUCUGGCAAUGAAAUUUUAACUGUAAUUGGAAAUAUUAAUGGUACACAAAGUGACAGAGUCUUUGACAGGUCUUAUAAAGAAAAAGCUGGAGUUUAUUAUUAUGACAGUGAACUGUCUAUCAAAUAUACAAGACUAAGUGCCGUAAACAGUAGUGCUCAAGCUUUUCGAAUUUUACUGACAACAAUGAAACUGGAAAAUAAAACGUGCUCGUUAGCUUAUAAUAACCGUAGUUAUAGUGACCUAAACGGAUCGUUUACCAACGUGAGAACCAGGCUUCAGUAUCCAAAAAAUGAAUACUGCACUUGGUCAGUAACUGUGCCAGGUAAUGCCACACUGGUAUUCUGCUGCGUAGAGUGCAACUACGGACACCUUAGUGGCGACAGGCUUAAAAUUUCUGUGGGAGAAAUUGAAUACAUUGAUGAAACUGAAAAGGGUAACCAUUAUUGUAGCUCAAGUAAUUGGACUGAUUAUUGUGUUACCAUGAAUAAAAGUCUCGAUGGAUACGAUGUAAAAUUUGAGUGGGAAUCUGAUGGUUUAGCCGAAUAUAAUGGUUUUCAGCUUGAAUACUUUAUUAGCAUUGGAGAUAAAAAGCUUAAUGGGCAGUAUCGUUGGAUGUCGUCAUCAUCAAUUUUAUUUAGUUGCUUAUUGUUGAUAUACCGGUAUUCCACUUGA